GGCCGGGCGGGCGGAGGGCCGGGCUGGGCCGGGCAGCGUCCUGGCGGGCGAGCCGCGGGCCUGGCGGGAGCACAGGGCCAGGCAGGCCUCCUCAGUGCCAAGAUGAGCGUCACAUCUUGGUUCCUGGUGAGCAGCAGUGGCACCCGCCACCGGCUCCCGCGUGAACUCAUCUUCGUGGGACGUGAUGAAUGUGAACUCAUGUUACAGUCCCGUAGUGUGGACAAGCAGCAUGCCGUCAUCAACUACGACCAGGACCGCGAUGAACACUGGGUGAAAGACCUAGGCAGCCUCAAUGGGACGUUUGUGAAUGAUGUGCGCAUCCCAGACCAGAAGUACAUCACCCUGAAGCUCAACGAUGUUAUCCGCUUUGGCUAUGAUUCCAACAUGUACGUGCUGGAGCGUGUGCAGCACCGACUUCCUGAGGAGGCACUCAAGCACGAGAAGUACACCAGCCAGCUACAGGUGAGCGUCAAGGUCUCUGCACCCAAGAGGGGUGAUGCGCUUCCAGACCACACACCCUACUGCGAGUCCUCACAGCCCAGGCCAGAGAAAGGAGACAGAAGACAUGGAGCAGAGGCGGUAGCUUACCGCACUCCGCUGUAUGGGCAGCCCUCCUGGUGGGGUGAGGAUGACAGUGGGACACCAUCUGAAGACCGGCACCAGGAGGAGCCCUACUCAGAGCGUCCCAAGGACCUGGCACAGCAAGACGGUGAGCUGGAGAGCCGCCGUGCUCCCGCUGAGCCACCAGACUACUCGUUCAGACGGGAGCCCAGCUACUUUGAGAUUCCUACGAAGGAAGCACCACAGCCACCACGGCUGCCCGAGGUGCCGACCCAGGAAGUGCCCACAAAAGACCAGGAGGCAGGUAUUGGUGGGACGGCCCCUGUGGUGCAGAGCCAUGCCUCCUUCACCAUUGAGUUUGAUGACUGCAGCCCAGGCAAGGUGAAGAUCAAAGACCAUAUCACCAAGUUCUCCCUGCGCCAGCGGCGGCCUCCCAGCAAGGAGACCACGCCUGUGGAGAUGGUCUCGGCAGAAACCAAGGUGGCCGACUGGCUGGUGCAGAAUGACCCAAGUCUGCUGCACCGGGAUGGCCCAGGGGAUGACCGCCACAGCACCAAAAGCGACCUUCCUGUCCACACUCGUACUCUGAAGGGCCACAAACAUGAGGAUGGCACACAGAGCGACUCAGAGGACCCCUUGGCCAAGACUGUUGGAGCCCCAGCUGAGGGCAGUGGGGAGCAGGUGCGGCUGCAGAGGCAGAUCAAAAGGGACCCUCAGGAGCUGCUGCACAACCAGCAAGCCUUUGUCAUUGAGUUCUUUGAUGAGGACACACCCCGUAAGAAGCGCUCACAGUCCUUUACACACACCCCACCUGCAGACCCCAAGGCUGACAAGCGUCGGGGUACGGGGACUGUUGACAGAGAACGUCCCGGUGUCGCGGUCCGUGCCACAGGCAGCAGCUCAGGGCCACAGAGGGCCAGCUCGCUCAAGCGAGAGAAGACUGAGGAGCGGCUGGGCAACACUUCUCCUGUCCCCCGGGCCUCCACCCGCCCCUUCGGCAGUGUGGGGCGCCGCUCCCGCCUGGCCCAGGACUUCAUGGCCCAGUGUAUGCGGGACAGUUCCCCAGCCACGAGGCCUGGCCCUGAGAAGACGCCCCCGGUGCUACCCACCCCUUUGACACCCCGAGGGGCCAGCCCUGUGACCCCCUCGACCACCCCACCGCCUCCCACUGACCCCCAGCUAACCAAGGCACGUAGACAGGAGGAGGAUGACAGUCUUAGUGACGCAGGCACCUACACCAUUGAGACGGAGGCUCAAGACCAGGAAGUGGAGGAGGCCCGGAAGAUGAUCGACCAGGUUUUUGGGGUGUUUGAAUCUCCUGAACUCUCUAGGGUAUCCUCAGCUACCUUCCGCCCUGUCAUUAGAGGUGACAAAGAUGAGCCCAGUGAUGGAGGCGUGGCCCAGCGGAUGGCUUUGCUGCAAGAGUUUGCUUCCCGAACACCAGGCAUGGCUCCCCAGAUGGAGCAGCAGAAUCUCUUGGUCCCAGGUUCCCCUGGGGGUCAGAAGUGGGUUUCCCGAUGGGCUAGCUUGGCUGACAGCUACUCAGAUGCUGGCUUGGCAGAGGAUGGUCCUGGGCGCAGACCCGGGGAGCCUGAGGGGCCCCUGCCUGUGACUCGAACUCGGCGUCUGCUCCCCCAGUUACCCAGCGAUAGGGCUGACAGCCCUGCAGGCCUUGAAGCUGCCAGGCGGAAUGGCCCAGGGCCACCAGAGCUGGGCAGUGAGCCAGCAAACUGCCUUAUAGGCCAGGAGGACCUGGACCCUGAUAGUCUCAGUGAUGCCAGCGGGUCAGAUGGCGGCCGAGGCCCAGAACCAGGCACAGAGCGGCAGGAGGAUCUAGCAUGGGUCAGGGGUCGGCGCUCACCAAGGGCCCCUGGGGAGCCAGCCCCUACCUCUUUCUUCAUUGGCGAUCAGAAUGGGGAGGCCACCUUCCCCAAGAAAUCCUUUGUGGCUCCUGGGGAAGUGGAUGGCCCGGGACGGGUAGUCCAGACCAGCCCUUCAGCAAGGGACGGCCUUUACGUCAGUCCCAACGGGAGGAUGGUGAUCCAGUUGUGCAGUGGUCGGUCCCCAGAGCCUGACCCAGCCCCACCCAAGGAGGCUCUGACCUUUGCCCGGCAAGAGAGUUUCACUAAGGAGCCAACCAGUGGGCCCCCGGCACCUGGCAAGCUCCCCCACAUUUCUAGCCACCCGCUCCUACAAGACUUGGCUGCAGCCCGCGCCUCACGCAUGGACUUCCACACUCAGGACACCCACCUGAUCUUGAAGGAGACUGAGACAGCCCUGGCAGCCCUGGAGGCCCGGCUCCGCUCCAAGUCUGCAGAUGAGUGUGAGGGGGGCAGCACUCCUCGGCCUCCAGAGGACUCUCUGUCUGGGGACUCGGAUGUGGACACAGCCAGUACCAUUAGCUUGCUCAGUGGCAAAAAUGGGCCCAGCCCAACAACCCCACAGACUCCAGGGCCACAGAAGGAGAGCCUGCUGUCUCCACCAGCAGUACCAGACCCCGGGGGUGCUAGCCUGGGCAGUGCUCGAGAGCGGCUGUCUGAGAGACAGCAUCGCCCACCGCCUGCAGACUUGGGCCAUGGAGAUCCAUCAAGGCGCCUGGCUGUGCGGCGAGGCCAUGGGUCUCGAGGGUCCCUGGACUGGCCUGAAGAAGAGCGAGGCUCUGGCCUUGCCCACCUGCCCAAUUCUAACCAUGAGACUCCUGAGGCUACUGUGGCAGGUCGACAGGGGCCUCGCCGGAAACCAGUGGCUCCCCCACCAUCCCCAGCUGCUCGGGAGGAGCAGAGCCGCAGUUCCACUACCGCUCAGAAGGUGCAGCAGGCACUGACUCGCUCCAACAGCCUGUCCACCCCAAGGCCCACCAGAGCCUCCCGACUCAGGCGGGCCCGUUUGGGUGAUGCCUCAGACACUGAGGCUAUGGAUGGUGAACGAGGGACCACAGCCAACCCUGAACCAGCAAAUCGUACGGCUCCUGAGCAGGCCAAGAAACUGACACGCUUGGACAUCCUGGCCAUGCCCCGGAAGCGGGCAGGCUCCUUCACAGGGCCCAGUGAUUCUGAGACUGCCCCUGCCCGUACCGGCUUCUCUGGUCGCAGUGCUGAGCUCUACAGCACCAGCCGUAAGCCCACGAUAGCCGAGGCCCGUGCUGCUGCCAAGAAGGCUGCUGCUACUGCUGCCAACGCCGGCCCCCGCCAGCCCUUCAGCCGGGCUCGCCCGGGCAGUGCCAGAUACUCUUCCAACACGCGGCGCCGGCAGCAGGGUUCGGAUUACACGUCCACCUCUGAGGAGGAGUAUGGAUCCCACCACAGCUCCCCUAAACACACACGCUCCCAUGCUUCAACAGCCACACAGACCCCGAGGGGCAGCGGCUCUGCCCGGGCUCGCUCCCAGGGCCCCCGAGACACAGACGAUGAUGAGGAGGAGCCUGACCCCUACGGCUUCAUCGUGCAGACAGCAGAGAUUGCAGAGAUUGCUAGGCUAAGCCAGACACUAGUGAAGGAUGUGGCCAUCCUGGCCAGGGAGAUCCAUGAUGUGGCUGGAGAUGGGGACUCACUGGGCUCCCCGGGACCCACUCGUAGCCCAUCUCUCGGGAAUGUGCCCAACACCCCUGCCUCAACCAUCUCAGCCCGGGAAGAGCUGGUGCAGCGCAUUCCAGAGGCCAGCCUCAACUUCCAGAAAGUGCCACCUGGCUUCAUGAGCUCUCACAACUUUGACCAGAACAUGAAUGACAGCCUCGAGGAUGCUCUGGCCAACAAGACAAGGCCUCGGAACCGUGAGGAGGUGAUCUUUGAUAAUCUGAUGCUAAACCCGGUGUCCCAGCUGUCACAUGCCAUCCGUGAGAACACGGAGCAUCUUGCUGAGAAGAUGAAGAUCCUCUUCCAGAAUACAGGCCGGGCAUGGGAGGACUUAGAGGCCAGAAUCAACUCUGAAAAUGAAGUGCCCAUCCUAAAGACAUCCAACAAGGAAAUCAGCUCCAUCCUGAAGGAACUUCGACGUGUACAGAAGCAGUUAGAAGUCAUCAAUGCCAUUGUGGACCCCAGCAUGAACCUCGACCUACUGAUGGGAAACAGGGCUCCUUCAGGGUCUAGUCAGCCAGGACUUGGGAAAGCCCGGCCAGCAGCUCAGAGCUCAACUUCACCUGCCUCGGUGGACACCUUGCUGCCAGCCCUGCCUCUCAGGAGCUUCCCACAACGGGCAAACUGCGGGCCUCCCGGCCUCCCGGAGCCUGCCUUCCUUCCUGAUGCUGAGAGGUUUCUGAUCUAAGCUAUGAGGCAGGCAAGGCCAGCCUUCUUAUGCACGUGUGUCCUGUGCAUCCAUCCCAUGGCCCACCUGCUUGGCUGCAGGCGGUUCUCUGUGAAAAUCCCAUAUGUGCCAUAACCCCACGGAUGGGUGCCUCCCAUUCCCAGCCCCCUCUUCAGCCAGCACCCAAACCACUUCAUCCAGCUCAUGGCUAGCCCACCUCCACAGGCCUCCUAGCCUAGCCCCUGGGGUGUCCACUGCCAAGGGCCAGCUGGUGAGGCACCAUAUUCACCUCCUGUCAAUCACCAUUGUUUUUGUCAGUAGCUUUAAAGGAAAGAGUACUUUGCUCCCUUGCAGGAACUCCCAGGCCCGGCUUAGGUCCAGCUCCAGCCUGGGAGGCCCUGUCUCAUCCCUGUGUGCUGGCUCGAGGCCAGACAGAGAAAGGAGCUUGACCCUGGGGCCAGUCAGUGCCAAACACAGAAGCUAGAUGAGCUUGGCAUGUCCCCAGACUGUCCAGGAAGGAGGCCACUUGCCUUGUGGCUCCCUCUGAGUGCAUGGCCGGAGCUGCUGCAGACUCUAUCAACCUGGGUGGGUGAGUGAUUUGAGGAGGUAUUGGGGAAGAAAUCCCGUGCCUCUAAGCCCUUGGUGCCAACACAACUGCCAAACCCACUGAGUUUGGGUGCCGUCCCCAUCAAGCUCUCUGAGUGGAUUCAUCCCAACUAGGGACCCUGGGCUUCCUUACAGUGGGACUGGGUGUAGCUGGGUGGGCCAGCAACCCUGUUGGUUGUGGUGAGUGCUUUACCAUAGUGGCAGAAAAAGAGAUUUGGAAGCUCCUGGUUUUGUGAUCUAAACCAUGUACCUGCCCCUGCUGUCCCAGGUGGUGUGGGCAGGGAGUGACCUGCAGCAGGCUCCUGUGGCCUGAUACAUUGUGGAGGCCUGGCAGGGACAGGCCCGCUACUGGUUAUGCUUUCUCAGGAUUUGUUCGGCUGGGGCCUGUUGGGUGAGCAGAGUGUGGCUGCCCUGCUGCUGCCCCUUGCUGAUGCUUCUGGAGGCGCUAAGCCAAAGAGCCCGUCGGCUGGAAUGGGGUGGGGAAAGCCCCUCAUUGACCAGGCUAGCAUAGCUGUGCUCUCCCGUCGGCUGGAAUGGGAUGGGGAGAGUCCCUUGUUGACCAGGCUGGCAUGGGCAUGCUCUGGGACCUGCCUGAUGUUUGUGUGAGUGUUGCUCCUGUGCAGGACCUGGGAGAGGUAGCUGGGGUGGGGGACCCAGAGCCCUCAGGGUAGCAUGGGUCUCCCUGUUUACACUUAGCUAUUAGAGUCAUGCAUGGGUCCUGUGUGCCUCUGCCCAGCCCACCUGAUGUUUACGUGUGUGUGUGUGUGUGUGUGUGUGUGUGUGUGUGUGUGUGUGUGUGUGUAGAGCCUGCUGUCUGUCUGGAGGAGGUGCCAGCUCAGCCUGUUGGCUGCCCCCCCGCAUGUCCCACAUAUUACCCACGGCCUGCCCCCCCCCGACAAGUAAGCAGCUGUCCUGCAGAGUCUAUGCCUCCCACCCCUGGUCAUCACUGUGUAAUUUUUUUUUUUAAUGCACAAAUUGGUGUUCCUUUCCACAUUUAGUUCUUCUGUCACUUUAACCUUCAACCCAGCAUUGGUAUUGUACCUGCCUGGCUUCUGGAGGGAUCUCUGUACAUUGUUCUCAGGCGGUCUUGUGGAUGUCUUUCAGAAAAUGGUUAUUUUAUAUGAUUUGUCAUGGAAUUUGUUCUAAUAAAUCAUUCCUCCACGUGGCAGCACACCAGUGUCUGCCGCCUUGGCCCUCUU